GAACCUUUUUGUGGAGGAACCUUGAUCGCGCCACGUUGGAUUUUAACUGCUGCACAUUGUGUAAGGAGGCGUCUUUAUGCAAGAAUUCGCGAGCAUGACUUGUCAAGACGAGAAGGUCCUGAAAUGGAAUUUAAGAUAAGAGACUCGUUCUUACACCCAUCAUACGAUCCAGAAACGGUUGAUAAUGAUAUUGCAUUACUGAGAUUGCCAACAGUUUUAGACAGUGACAGCGUCGGUUUUGCUUGUUUGCCGAAUAUUCAAUAUGGUCAAAAAAUUACUGGAAAUCUAGACAACCUGAUGUGUGCCAUAACUGGAUGGGGAAAAGCGAAUAUAAAUCACCAUAAGGGAACUAAUGUAUUACACGAAGCUCAGAUAUCAAUUAUACCAGAUAGAGAAUGCCAUCGCGCAUAUAGCGAAUAUCACAUCACGCGAAACAUGUUUUGUGGGGGCACCCGCGGAGGCACCAGAGACUCUUGUGCUGGAGAUUCAGGAGGACCUCUCGUCUGUAAAGCACCUGAUGGCAAAUGGUUUAUUUAUGGGAUAACUAGUUUCGGUGAAGGUUGUGGGAGAAGAGGCAAAUUCGGAAUUUAUACAAAAUUAACUAACUAUAUCAGUUGGGUUCAUCAAACUAUAGAUAGAUAUAAUUAA